CAGACGCACACCAAAGAAGAGAAGAAUAGCUCUAUAUAUAUCCUUUCGCAUAAUUCCAGGCCGUUGCAAUUUCGAAAGCAGGCGAAUAGAACAGCUGAGAGAAAAUGGAUGGAAUAAAGUCUGAACAGAAAAGCACUAUGUGGAGUAGAUUGCUCCGAGGAGAACAAAACGAUGACGAAGUUGAUCAGCUACUCGCUCAAUUUCACGACGAGAACGCGUUACAUCUCAAUUUAAAUUCUCACAUUACUAAAACUCCUCUAGAUUUACAUGCUGAUAAAAACUUUGUGAGUGUGGAUCACGCGGGCCUUGACAAAGAAUUGGCGAUGCGAUACGCACAACUCAAAGCUCCUCCUCCUCCUUCCUCAAAGAAGGAAACUAGCGGCUUAUCGAAAAAUGAUAAUAAUGCCCCUUCCGCAAGAAAUGAAAUCAGUCGAAAUGAUGAUUUAAAUAAGGAAGGAAGAAAGAGUAGUGGGUUAGAGAAAGGUUCCGAUUUGGCCUUGGACGGGAAGGAUUUUAAAGAUCAUGAUUCGAAGGCCAGGAUAUUGGUGGAUGAAGAAGAGGAGAGGAUUUUAGGGCUACAACUUGCUGCGAGGUUUGCGGCGCUGAAAACUACAUCUCCUUCUGGAAUGGGUAAAGGCCAGGGUUUGACCGAGGUGUGUAGUGCUCGGGGAUUGGAUUCACAGGAAGAUAAAAGUGAAGUUUUAGGCUCCCGAGUGCAGAAGGAGGAGGUGUGUUCUGAGGCGGAACACGUACAGCGACUGUUGGCGUCCGUUCAGGAUUCCAUUAAGUUGGAGAAGAGCAGGGUUUCAGGCAUCUUAAAGGAUGAUGAUGAUAAUGAAGGAGAGGAUGACGAGGAUGAAGAAAUUUCAGACUCUGAGGUGGACAAGGUUGUGGAGUGGGUAAAAGAUGCAGCUCGUCUUGGGCUUUUAGAUAGUGAAGAAGAAGAUGAUAUUGAAGAAGAUAGAGGUGAUGGAAGCCAGGAAGAAAGUGUGGGAAGAAGAAGUGCCAGUAAAUAAGUAAUAAUUAGAGAAUUGAUGGCCAUGUUUAAGUAUCUCAUCUUGUUUUACGUUUGGGCAUUUUCUUUUCUUGGUACUGCCUUUAUUGCGAUGUGGGGUAAAUGUAGUCAUAUUCUUAAGAUUUUAAGCCUCGUUCACACACAGGUGUACUCCAUGCUUAUUCAUAACAACAUUCUAGGCCAUGCUUAUUCAUAACAACAUUCUAGGUUAUGGCCACCAGAUUGCAUUGCAUUUUGGUAUUUUAGUUUGAUUCAUGGAAAUCCUUUUAAAAGGCAGGAUUAAUUACAAAUCUAUCUUUAUACUUGUCUAGGAUUGUAGCCCUGCUUCUUUCUUGUAUGUAGCUGUAAUAUCAGUGCCCUAUUAUUGUAAAGGGUUACUGUAAUUUAGCCAUCAUAUUUGGAACUAGUUAGUUCUAUAAUAUAUGGGCCUGUUAGGUCAUAUUUUUAAAGGUUAGGGAUGUUCAUACUUUCAGUUUCAAUGCUUGGGAUUUAACCUAUUUUUUAUUGGUAUGAGACUUAAGAGACCUGCUAUGGAGCUAUGCUGUAGCUAGUUCUGUUGGGCUUGAAUUAGGUUUUAGUUUUGUCUAUCCAGGCUCUUGCGUUAUCUGGGUUUUAAAAAGAAUCCUUACACAGCUUAAUAUUGUUUGUAAAUAUAGCUCUCAAUUGAGAUGUAACAAUGCUCAAGAGAAAAACGAGAUAAAAGAUUUACUACUAUCAGCUUUGUA